GGGGCAAAAAACAAAAUACAACAGUUCAUAAAUUAUUUCUGGACCCGGAGAAGUUUUUCUUCAGACUCUGCAUUUUUUAGCUAAAAAAGGAAAAAGGUUUUUAAAAAUCAAAACUUUGGAGGGUUCACGGGUCAGAUACGGUGAAGAUGAGCUUCUUCAAGUAUCUCCGCCGAGACAGUUUGCUCCAAUUAGCCGGAUUACCAUCUCUCAGCCGAAACUGCAUGCAUCAGACCUGCCGGUCUCUCAUCAUUGAAACCGCUCCGCCUGAAUCUGUCAAGCUUAACCGUCUCUCUGGUUCCGAUUCUGGGAUUAUCGAGGUCAAUCUAGACAGGCCUGUGGCCAAAAAUGCCAUUAAUAAGGAGAUGCUGAAAAGUCUCCAGAACACAUUUGAGACCAUACAUCAGGAUAGUUCCGCUAGGGUUGUGAUGAUCAGAAGUCUGGUUCCAGGAGUUUUCUGUGCAGGUGCAGAUCUGAAGGAACGUAGAACUAUGAGUCCAUCUGAGGUUCACACAUAUGUCAACUCGUUGCGCUACAUGUUCUCGUUCAUUGAGGCACUGAGUAUCCCUACUAUUGCUACAAUAGAAGGUGCAGCACUGGGAGGUGGACUUGAAAUGGCUCUAUCCUGUGAUCUUCGAAUCUGUGGCGAAAAUGCAGUAUUUGGCUUGCCUGAAACAGGGCUCGCUAUAAUCCCUGGGGCUGGUGGGACACAGAGGCUCUCGAGGCUGGUUGGGAGAUCGGUAUCAAAGGAACUCAUAUUCACAGGUCGAAAGAUUGAUGCAAGAGAAGCUGCACACACAGGGCUUGUGAACUUUUGUGUUACGGAGGGUGAGGCUCAUAAGAAAGCAAUUGAAAUUGCUCAGCAGAUAAAUGAAAAAGGUCCAAUGGCUAUAAAAAUGGCGAAGAAAGCGAUUGAUGAAGGAAUAGAGACGAAUAUGGCUUCAGGUUUGGAGGUAGAAGAGAUGUGUUAUCAGAAGCUUCUUAAUACCGAAGAUCGUCUUGAAGGAUUAGCUGCUUUUGCUGAGAAGCGUAAGCCUUUUUACACUGGCAAGUAAAAGAUCUUUAUCUAUUUAAUUUCAAAAAACCGGGGGAGAUUACCAUUGAAUUGGAUGUUAAUAACCGGGGAUAGUUUCGGAUCACAUAAUGUGUAUGACACAGAAAAGAAGGAAAUAAAUAUCACUGUUAGUGUUCGUGCAUUCAUGGACUUGA